UGUCCCAUGCCCAUCUCGUUUGAUGGAAACUUGAGACCACUGCUUCCCCAUUUUCUACCGCCCGAGGCCGUUUGCAAGACAAGAGCACUACUUCUUCCACGGAGAUGGGUUCUCCUCCAAGACCUCAUGCAGUGCUCAUCCCACAACCAGCCCAAGGCCAUGUAACUCCCAUGCUUCAACUCUCUAAGGUCCUCCACUCCAAAGGCUUCUACAUCACCUAUGUGAACUCUGAGUACAACCACAGGAGAUUGCUAAGGUCUCGAGGCCCCGAUUCUCUCAAUGGCCUCGAAGACUUCCGAUUUGAAGCGAUACCCGAUGGCCUGCCGCUGUCCGAUAAUGACGAUGUCACACAAGACAUCGCAGAGCUAUGCAUCUCGACGACAAAGAAUUCUCUGGCUCCAUUUAGAGAUCUUAUCAUAAGGCUUAAUAACUCCCCAGGGGUGCCACCGGUUAGUUGUGUCAUAGCCGAUGGAGUCAUGAGCUUUGCGCAGAGGGUGGCAGAGAAGAUGGGAAUCCUAGCACUUGUGUUUUGGACCACGAGUGCUUGUGGGUUCAUGGGCUACCUUCACUUCUCUGAGCUCAUUAGAAGAGGCUACACGCCACUUAAAGAUGAGAGUCACCUGAGCAAUGGAUAUCUGGACACUCCAAUAGACUGGAUACCUGGUAUGACAGGAAUCCGCCUCAAGGACAUCCCAAGCUUCAUCAGGACCACUGACCCCAAUGACACCAUGCUCAACUUUGAUGGUGGCGAGGCACAGAAUGCCUUCAAGGCCUGGGGAGUGAUUCUGAACACGUUUGAUGAGUUAGAGCAUGAAGUUAUUGACGCCAUGAAGUCGAUGUUUCCUCGCCUAUAUACCAUUGGUCCUCUACUGGAAUUUGUCAAUGAAAUAGCAGAAUGUCCAUCAAAGUCCAUUGGUGGCAAUCUUUGGAAAGAAGACCCCAGAUGUCUCGAGUGGUUGGAUGGCCAUGAGGCCACCUCGGUUGUCUAUGUAAACUUUGGAAGCAUUACCGUCAUGACAGGGGAGCAGCUCGAAGAAUUCGCAUGGGGACUGGCCAACAGCAAGUGCCCCUUCUUGUGGAUAAUAAGACCUGAUCUUGUAGAAGGGGAGAAGGCAAUGGUCCCUGAAGACUUCUUGAUGGAGACCAGAGGGAGGGGGAUGCUAGCUAGUUGGUGCCCACAAGAGCAGGUGCUCUCACACCCUUCUGUUGGAUUGUUUCUAACUCACAGUGGGUGGAACUCUACUCUAGAGAGCAUUUGUGGGGGAGUGCCAAUGAUGUGUUGGCCUUUCUUCGCCGAGCAACCGACGAACUGCCGAUAUGUUUGCACGAAGUGGGGGAUUGGAAUGGAGAUUGAUAGCAAUGUGAGGAGGGAGGAGGUUGAAGGUCUGGUGAGGGAAGUGAUGGAAGGGGAAAAGGGGAAGGACAUGAGACUGAAGGCUGAGGAGUGGAAGGUGAAGGCAGAGGGGGCUACCAUGAGAGGGGGAUCAUCUAAUAAGAACAUGGAGAGGCUAAUUAGUGAUCUGUUAAAUGGAACUGUGCCAUUGACGGGCACAGAUAAUUAGUCAUUACUUCAAACUCGAUUGGUUGUAUAAACUGAAUGCCUGGUUUGCAUGAGCAAUAUUGCUAAAUAUUCAAAAUAAAAUAUGGAAAAAUCUGUGCCUACAAACAGAUAUUUGAAA